AUGAAAGAUAUCGCUUCCGUUAGCGAGCUGAAAAAUAAAACAACAAUUGAGAUACGGGACCUAGAUUCACUGACUACAGCAGACGAAGUUGCAACGGCCGUUAACCAACUAUUAGACGAGACCAACGAGGAAACCACUGUUAAACUAUCAGCACCAAACAGCCGAGAACAACUAAGAGCGUGGAUACAGUUUCCACUGACAGCCGAAGAAAAAAGUAAAAUUGCGACUGCUUUUUACAUUAAGCAUAAAAUUCCAUCUGUUGUCGGUUGCGUUGAUGGAACGCACGUUAAGAUAAUUGCGCCAUCCGAAAAUAGUCACCUAUCCUACAACAGAAAGGGUUAUUACAGCUUAAAUGUUAUGCUGGUAUGUGACCAUGAAUUAAAAAUACGCUACGUCGACGCUUCUCAUCCGGGUGCUAGUCAUGAUUCACUAAUUUGGAAUGUUAGCGAAUUACGUUCACAUUUUGAGACACAAUUUUCCAACCACCAAAGAACUGUUUGGUUGCUAGGUGAUGCUGGGUAUCCGUUAGAACCAUGGCUUAUUACUCCUUAUCGGACGCCGAACCAAGCAGAAAUUAAGUUCAACGAAAUGCAUUCAAAAUGUCGCAACAUAAUUGAAAGAACUAAUGGUGUUUUAAAGAACCGAUGGAGGUGCAUUCUUGGUGGACGAGAACUACACUACGCUCCAGAGAAAGCAGCACAAAUUGUAGAUGUUACUUGUUGCUUGCAUAACAUCUGCAUUCAUUUCAGAGCGAGUAUACCCGAUACACCCGAUGCCGAAGCGGAGUUAAACCUUCCUGAAAUUCACGACGUCCAUUCCAACAUACCAACACAAAAUAUGGAGGUUGCGAGAUCAAUAAGAAAUAAUAUCCGUGAUUCCCUCAAUGACUAA